GUAAUUAUCUCUUUAAAUUACACAAAUGCAAGUUGAUAGUGAAAAUUGUAUAGAUAGUUCGAACAAUCCUAAUUUAAUAGUAAAUAGAUAUGUAAACCUUAAAUUAACAUUAGUGUAUGAGGAGUAGAAGAAGAAAGAUUUAUGAUGAUGGAGAUUUUAAAGAAGUAGUUAAGAAUUUUUACUCCUUGAUAUCUGAUAUAAAUAAAAGUACUUAAUUUAUAUCAUAAUAAACCUAAGUUGCUAAUAAAAAAAUUCAAAAAACUGUCCCUACAAAAAAUAAAUAAUAAUCGAAUGUUUAAACAAAAAAGCCACAACAAAAAAAACCAUAAUAAUAGGAUUUAAAGAAAAAUGACCUCUACAAUUUUAAAAAAGAACCAAUUUACUCUUAAGUUACUUUUUAAACUUAACCCUAUUUUAAUCAUCCAUCAUAUUAAUAGUUAUCCUAUACCCAAAUUUAUAAUAUGCCCUCAUAAUUUGUAAAUAACACAGUUAUUACUAGCAAAUUAUUUCUAGAAAUUAAUACAAUACUGCAUAAUUAAAAAGAAAUUCAUAUCAUAUUGCAAUUUCUUAUUUCAUCUAUGUAUAAUCAAGUGGUUAAGAGCAAUAUGAAAGUAGAGAUCCUACGAUGAAUGCCAAAAGAAAAAUGAAAGAAACCAAUGUUGAUGGAAAUAAGGUAUUAUUCUUAAAUAUAUAUAUUAUUCUUUUAGUAAUUUGAUAAUUUUGUUAUGAAUGAAAGACAACCUCAAUUAUUAUAAAGAUAACAUUAAUAACAUGAUUAAGAAGAAUUAAAAGAAGAUAAUUUAAUAUAGAACAACAUGAAUUGA